CUUGACCCGCGCAAUUGCUCAGAGCACGAUGCCCACACCCUGGUGUAGCUGGCGAUGACUCUUCUCCGGCCCAAUGCACUGAGUGGCUUAACAAGGUGCCUUGCUCCCCCAGCCCGCGCGUCCCUACAACGGAGCUCAUCCCACGGCCGACUGCCGCCAGCGCCAUGGCACCAUUCUCCUCGACCGUUCACUGCAACCGGAGCGGCAUACAAAAAGGUUGACUUCACGCAGAAGCCGGACCAGCCCGCCGAGACAAAACCCAAGGAGGAAGCAGCGACGGACGCGCAGGAACGGAAAGGGCCGAGGAAAAACGCCGGCAAGACGUCGUCUCUACGGAGAGUAGCUGUCGAAGCGCAGAGAUCCAGAGGCUUUGUAAAGGGACGAGGUGGCAUGCGCUUCGUGGAUCCGGACGCCGACACAAAGACGGUCACAGCCUACUGCGCUGCCGAAACGUAUAACAUCUCAUCUGCCGCACGCCUCGUCAAAGCCCAGGGGUAUGAGCUGGAUCCUUUUCAAACAGGGCUCUACCCACAGGUCAUUCAUGUACAGACCAGGGAACGACCAUCCGAGGUCAAGGACUUUCAGCAAGGAGAUAUAUUCGUCUUCCCUUCCGGAACUGUGGUCACAUGGAAUGUACGGGAAAGAGAAGCAUUGAACCUAGUCAACCGCGUCCUUCCACCAGCCGCCGAAGGCUCGCACUUAGACCUGUUGGAAACGGAGGAUCUGGAUUACCUAGAAGAUCCUACCAAGGAGACCAGUGAGGUGGUUGGAGACACGAUAGUCUUGGGCACGAAGGCUGAAGCUCAAACCCCCGAUACGUCCAGAGAAGCCACGGCCGAUGAAACCGAGCAGCGUCACGAAGUCGACACAGUACUCGCCAAGAUCGCGUUCUCCUCGGGUCUAGCUCGCUCGACAAAGCUCGCUGUCUUGGAAAGCCUGCUCAGCGCUUAUCAGCACUCCACCCGCCAGAUCCCCACCAUGCUGGCGAAGGGCGAGAACAUACCCCUCGGACGGAAGAAUCUACCCUUCACGCGCUCCUUCAUACUCCGCAAGACCGGCGAGCUGCUGAACAUCCGUGCCCAACUCAACCUCUAUUCCGAACUUACGGACUCCUUGCCAGAUAUCUUUUGGGAUAGCCGGCACGAGCUAGGGCUAGGACAGUACUAUGACCAAGUAGGCCGUGCGCUAGAUGUGGGCGUCCGGAUUAAGGUCUUGAAUGAGAAGAUUGGAUUCGCGCAAGAGAUAGCAAGCGUUCUGCGAGAGUCGCUCAGCGAGAAACAUGGCCUUCGGCUUGAAUGGGCCAUCAUUGCCCUAAUCGCCGUGGAGGUGGUACUGGAGUUCUAUCGUCAUUGGAAAGACUCGGAGGAGCGGAAGGAUCCGCUAAGCACCGAAUCCUUACUUCGGCAUUAUCUACUGAGGCCCGUUGAUGAGAAGAAAUAGAGUUAUAGAUAUGUUGGAUACCCCACUCAAUACAGGUUUCGUAGCGAGCAUACUUUUGCCAUUUCAGUUCGCUGUUUUUCUCACCGUCUUCCUUUCCUGACUCAGGGAGCGCGUCUCCGUGCAGCUUCAGAUGCCUGGUGUAGUGGAUAGAUACUUCAGGAAUCAUAUCAUUGCAUGACCC